AUGAACAAAAGUUUUGACUCUUUGAAGAAGUAGAAUGAAAUCAUUAUUGAUAAGUCUUUUGUAGAACUUGUUCAUUUUAAUGGGGAUCUUGUCAGUAUUUUAGAAGAUAAACAUAAUAAGCAUGCUAGUGGGAAUUUAGAUAUCGAUAGUUUAAAAAAUAUAUAGAGCAAUUUGGUCAUUGGACACUAUAAAAUUAUCAAAGGAAUUAGCUUGCUCUAGGCUAUGAAAAUUCUUGCAAGAUUUUAAGAGGCAAUUGAAAGCCAAAUCGACCCUAAACUUUAUUUUUUGCCAUUGAUUGAGAUUAUUCCUUAGAAAUUAGUUCCUCCUUAGGAUUCCUAUAAAUAUACUUAUGAAACUCAUAUUUCCAAGGCUUUAAUAACAAAAACAAAUAAUCAAAGUAUCGUUUUCACUCUAAGCAAAGUAAAAAUCUAAGAAGCUACAUAAAAGUACCUUUAAGAUUAUUUGCAGAGAGAAUUGAGAAACCUUAACUGCAAUGAUAAUGAUCAAUAAGAUCUACCUGAUUUUUAUAACCCUAAUAAAGCCAAAUCAAUAAAUCAAGAUCUAAGGGCUAGCAUAAAAACCCUUAAGAUGAUAGGCAACCUUCUAAGUUUUGAUUAAUUUGAUAGAGAUUUCCUAGAGAAUAUUACCAUCAAUGAGAUUUAAAAUGAAUUAAUCAAGAGAUACUCAGAAAUUUAUGGUAAAAAUAAUAAAAUUCAUAUCAUAAGUCAGGAGAUUCCUCAAACUUUUGCAACUUAUAGCGAAACUUUGUUCUAAAUUUUAUUGCUCUUAAUAAAAGCUAUGAACGAUAAUAAAGCUGGCUCAUAAAAAUUCAACCUAAUAAGCUACAUUUAUUAAGAGAAUCUAACAAUCAAUAGCAUGACUAAAUCUUUUACUCAGAUCCAAACAAAUACUGAAUAUAGAUUAGACCUUGUUUUAUCAACUAACAAAUUUAAGUACAUUGAUGAGUACAUAAUAUUUAUGGAUAAUUAGAUGUUGACCAACAACUUAAGAAAUAUAUCUUUAAGUUUAUUUAGAAUAUUAAAAUAAGAAAUUUAAUAGCUAAAUCCCGGUAAUGAAAAUUCUAAUAAAAAGCCAACAAGAUUUUAAAGAUUUGAAAUCGAUAGCAGUGUGAUUUAGUUUCAGAACGAUUAAGAUAACUUUGAGAGAACGAGUGAUAAAAAGCUUAGAGAGUUCAAUUAGUUAUUAACUGGCGGUAAUUAAGAGAGAUUUAAUUCUGAAUAAAUAUCCUUGACUGGCAGAGAAAUAGAUUCAGCCAAAAAAUUUAACCUUAAUGUAUUGAGUCUAGACAUUCAACCUAAAAUGCUUAAAUUUAAAGAUUAAGACCUAGAAAACUAAGUAUAAGAUGGCAGCGAUUUAUAAAUCAGCAUUGCAGAUAUCACUGUAGAGUCCUAUGAAAGAAGACCAAAAUUAAGAAUGAUAUAGGAUAUCACUGUAAAUCAAGUUAUAUCUUCUGUUAGAGAUAAUGAUAUUUUAGGACUUUAAAAUUAAUAAAAUCAGGUACAAAUAGCUUAAGUGAUCAAUGAACUCACUAGCAAUGAUAUCAAGGAUUAUUAGACUGUAUCUUUGCAUGAGCUUAGAUUUAAAUUAGAUGAGUUUGGCAGCAAGAGAUAAUUACCACUUAUAAUUGAGAUUUAAGUGACACCAAGCAAUCAAAGUUAGCUUAAAACUACUCUAAAUGAUGUACUGAUGAAAAAUAUUUCGUCAAAGGCUAUCAUUAUAUUUUAGCAUGAGCCAGAUAAAGCCAUCAGCUAAUAUACAUUUAUGGAAAGCUAAAAUAACAAUUAAAACAACUUUUAAAUCAUUCAAAAUAGCUAUAGAACUAAGCUCAGUUUAUUAGAGAAUUAAGAUGAACAGUUUAAUAAGCAACUUAGAUUAUGA